UAUUUACAACACUGUGUCAACCCACUGUGUUCCACAUGAUCCCUUAAGUUGUCCCUGCUGAGCAAGAUCAGAUCUCUGAAGCCCAUAGAGCUGCAUUGAUUAAGCACUGCCUCUUCAGUGUUUGGGAGCAGUCAGAGCUAUAAACACAAUGAAACCAAAGUUCAACAUCUGGCUGCCUCUUCUGUCUUUCCUCUUUUCAACUUGCACUGCAUAUGUUGCUACCAGAGAUAACUGCUGCAUCUUGGAUGAGCGAUUUGGAAGCUAUUGUCCUACCACAUGUGGCAUUGCAGAUUUUUUGAAUAAAUAUCAGCCUGGGGUGGACCAAGAUCUCCAGGCACUUGAGAAUCUUCUGCAGCAGAUUUCUAACUCUUCAGAUACAACAAACCAAUUGAUCCGCCAGAUCCGGAUAGCGCACAUCUCAAAUCCUUCAAGCCAGCCAAAUGUGAUUCCAGCUUAUACUCAAAAGUCCUCAAAAAUCAUCGAUGAAAUUAUCAGAUAUGAAAACACUAUUUUGAAUCACGACAAUACAAUACAACAACUGACGGAUACAGUAGUGUCAAACAAUAACAAGAUUCUACAACUAAAGCAGAAGACUGCUCAGCUUGAGGCACAAUGUCAACAGCCGUGCAAAGAUACUGUCCAGAUACAGGAAGGAACUGGAAGAGAUUGUCAAGAUAUUGCCAAUAACGGUGCCAGGCAAAGUGGCCUCUACUUCAUCAAACCUACCAAAGCCAAGGAACAAUUCCUGGUCUAUUGUGAAAUGGAUACACUGGGCAACGGGUGGACAGUUUUUCAGAGGAGGCUUGAUGGGAGUGAAGAUUUUAAGAGAAACUGGGUACAGUACAAGGAAGGAUUUGGGCACCUGUCACCAAAUGACCAGACAGAGUACUGGCUGGGAAAUGAAAAAAUCCACUUAAUAACCACUCAGACAACUCUUCCAUAUGUUCUGCGAAUAGAGCUGGAGGACUGGAGUGGACAAAAAAGCCGUGCUGAUUAUUUCAACUUUAAAGUGGGAUCUGAAGCGGAUAAGUAUCGCCUGAGCUACACCUACUUUAUAGACGGUGACGCUGGAGAUGCCUUUGAUGGCUUUGACUUUGGAGUUGAUCCAAGUGACAAAUUCUUUACCUCCCACAAUGGCAUGCAGUUCAGCACAUAUGACCAUGACAAUGAUAAAUCUGAACGCAACUGUGCUGAAGAAGAUGGAUCUGGGUGGUGGAUGAACAAAUGCCAUGCCGCUCACCUCAAUGGCAAAUAUUAUCAAGGUGGUGUUUAUACUGAGAAAGAUGCCAGUCCAGCUGGAUACGACAAUGGCAUUACCUGGGCAACCUGGCGUUCUCAGUGGUAUUCCAUGAAGAAAACAACAAUGAAAGUCAUUCUUCAUAGCAGACUUGUAGCAGAAGGACAGCAGAGUGGAGGAGUAAAAGAGGUUGGCACAGGAAACCGAGGAGACAUUUAAACAGAUAACAAAUUUAAUUGUUGGCGAUGUUUAAAAGAGCAUGUCUGACAAAGAUUUUUAACUUGGCAAGUUCAUAUUACUUUUAUAAAAUGGUACAUUGAGCUCACAUAACCUUCACCUGCUUUGGCUGUCUGAUGCUAAAAUCAAAUCAUUAAAUGUUCAUGUUUACCCCCACAAAUGGGAUAAAAGACAUUCAUAGCCCACAUUCUACAUGUACAGCAUAAGCACAAGUUCAAAAAAAUGAACAACCUUGCACUAGCUUCUGGAAAAAAGUAAACGACUUCCCAUUGUGGCACAUGCAUGAAAAGCUUGAAACUUGAAGUUAUCUAGUUUGGGUCUAUAUGCAACAAUCAAAUUGCAAUUUUCCCUCGUGUGUGCAAGCCUCCUUUUACAUGGGCAAAAGAUACUCUGGAUUAGAACCACUAUUUGUAGUUAUUUUUCAGCAUGUCUGCUUAAUACACACACAUGUGUUUGUGUGAGAGUGUGUAUUAUGUGAUGUGAUGUGAUACACACACACACACACACACACACACACACACACACACACACACACCACCUUAAGUGACGCAGUGGGGAAAUGCUUGACUAACAAGCAGAAGAUUGCCAGUUCGAAUCCUCGCUGGUAAUAUAUCAGGCAGCAGAGAUAUAGGAAGAUGCUGAAAGGCAUAAUCUCAUACUGCGUGGGAGGAGGCAAUGGUAAACCCCUCCUGUAUUCUACCAAAAGAAAACCACAGGGCUCUGCAGGUGCCAGGAGUUGAAAUCGACUUGACGGAUAUAUAUAUAUAUAUAGAGAGAGAGAUAGAUAGAUACACACACACACACACACACACACACACACACACACACACACACAAGAAGUGCCACUAACCACUUGUUAGCUGCCAUAAAGAUAAUGAGGAGAAUUAUGAAAAGGUUCAGAGAUGUCUUGCAAAUAUUAGUUUAUAUGUCUGAAUAUGUAUUCCUAGUUAUCUUUAUCUUUAGUUCAAUAUGAAAAAGCCACAUAAAACCAUUAUACUAUUACAUUGGGCAUGAUCAGACAUCACAUGGAACUGAGCUAUAUUUCGUCUAAAAAAUGUAAUAGUCUGUAUGUCUGAACCUACACCAGUCACCUGUGGUUUAUUUUGGGCAGUCAAACCACAAUCUGAACCCAAAUUUUGAAGCUGGUUUGUUUAUCCUAACUAUAGUCUUGCAUGACAUCAGAACUAGCUGGGUGACUCUGGGCCAGUCACUUCUCUCUCACCCUAACCUACUUCACAGGGUUGUUGUGAGGAGAAACUCAAGUAUGUAGUACACCGCUCUGGGCUCACUGGAGGAAGAGUGGGAUAUAAAUGUAAAAAUAAAUAAAUAAAAUAAAAAUAAAAGAACCCACAUUUGAGGUCGACUCUCAAUUUGUUUCAACAGCUCCCUUCUCUCAGGGCUCUCAUACAGAGUAAGGCAAGCCUAGAUUAUGGGAGGUAAGAAGGAGUAGGACCCAAACAAUACACAAUAUGGAGAAACAAACCAAGAUCUGAGGCUUGUUCCCACAAUCCUCACACCAUUGGGGGCGGUGGAAGUGUAGAAGAGCAGGAGCAUUCCUAUCUCAUUACUCCCAGAUGACCAGAACCUCUGUUUGGGUUUAUAAACCCAGCAACCAGAUGAUUGCAGCAGCAGCCAUCUGUAGAGCAGAAGUUUGGAACUGGGUCUGCCAAAUAUCAAAAGCUGUAUCCCAUUAUUCAUCAAGCCAUCAGUAGAAAGUUGCCAAACUUUCAGAAUAUUGUCAGCUGCCCUCUGAUAGUCCAUGAAGGGACAGGAGGUGGGACCAGCCCUGCUGAAGCUGUUCCAAACUGGAGCAUAGUAUGUGCUGUGCAGAGUGGAACAUUCACAGAUGAAAGCCCCUAUAGCUGCAGCUCUCUAUUGUUUUAAUGGCUGGGCUCUGUUGUCCUCCUACCUUAGUUUAGAGCACCGUAGAGGAUUUGGGUUACAGAGAUUUGGGAGGGCUGGAUUGGUAAGAUUCCUUGGCUCCACACAAGUCACGUGGCUUGGUUUACUGCCUCCUGCCUUGAAAUGGAUGGUUAUGAGAGCAGCCCCUUGGUGACCAUCUGUGGCACCAAACCAGGUCUGUUCAAGCAAUCUUAGUUAAAAUAAACCGUGGUUCCACAUGAUGUCGGAACCUGCUAAUUGCAUAUAUCUGACAGUUGUCAAGUGACCCUUAAUUUAAAACCAGCACCUAUGUUUUAUUGAAACUGUACAAUGGAAUUUUAAACAUGCAGUUUUGUGAAUAAAAGCUCCAAAUUAUCAAAUUUGGUAAUUUGAUAACAAACACA